UUGGACGUAGCGGACAAUUACGACAUUCACUGUGGUGUCUAAUUUGGACUUGUGCGAUGUCGGUAGUGUGCCCGACAUUGUUGAAUCUCGUAGGAUCUCGUGUCAUACGUGGUCCCAGCUGGAAAUGGAACAAGCAGGAUGGAGGAGAAGGCUUUUUAGGAACAGUCAGGAGUUUUGAAUCUCAUGAAGAAGUUGUUGUAGUCUGGGACAAUGGAAUAGCAGCCAAUUACAGAUGUUCCGGUCAAUAUGAUUUGCGUGUUUACGACAGUGGACCAACCGGACACAGUAAACAUGAAGGAGUUGUUUGCAAUUCAUGUAAACAGUCACCUAUCAUUGGACAUCGUUGGAAAUGCAUGAACUGUCCUGGAAAUGAAGUUUCAAGUGAUAGUUCUGUUGAUUUGUGCUUUAUGUGUUAUCAUAGUGAUAAACACAAUGUUAGACAUAGAUUUAUAUUGAUCCAACAGCCUGUGCCAAAAGAAUUAUUAAAAGACCCCCGUAGUCUUGGUGAAAAUCCGGUUAUAUUAGAUCAAAGAAAAAAAUCUAAAAAAAUAACAUUGCGUGGUAUAUUUCCUGGUUCACGGGUUGUGCGUGGUGUCGACUGGCAAUGGGACGAUCAAGAUGGAGGAUCUGUUAACCAAAGAGGUUUGAACAAUGCUGUCUCACAAACAAUUGUUAAACGUGGUAAAGUGUGUGAAAUUCAAGACUGGUCUGCUGUAACGGGUAGUGUUCGCUCAGCCGCCUAUGUCCAGUGGGAUAUUAAUGGUAAUACAGCUGGGUGUGUCAAGAACUUGUAUCGCGUUGGAUUUGAAGGAAUGUCUGACUUGAAAUGUGUAUCUCCAUCUAAAGGAUCAACAACCGUAUAUCGAGACCAUCUGCCAUUGUUAGGUCAACACCAGCACCAACAGCGGAAUGACCAGCAUAAGCAAGGAGUGUUAAGUUUAAAUCAUCUACACAAUCAUCUACAAUAUCAACAAUUAGAGAUCGGUGAUAGGGUAAGAGUGGAUUUGGAAUUGGACGUUGUACGAGCUAUGCAACAAGAUCAUGGAGGAUGGACAGAUGGCAUGUAUGAUGAAUGUUUGGGAGGCGGAGUUUUAGAAAAUGCUUCUAUUGGGUCAGUGGUUGGUAUUGAUGAAGAUCAUGACGUUGUUGUUUUAUAUCCAAGUGGCAACAGGUGGACAUUUAAUGCGGCUGUACUUACAAAAGUGGCAGGACUUGGUGAUCCAGUGGCAGGCAGUUCAAAUUCAGCUGAAAGUACAUCACAUGAUGGACAGAUUAUUAGAGUAGGAUCAACUGUAAAGAUUUCUAGUGAUGUGGAAUAUGUGCGUCGUUUGCAAAAAGGUCACGGUGAAUGGGCUGAUGCUAUGUCUAUGACUUUGGGUGAAAUUGGCUAUGUGCAACAAGUAUAUGAUGAUGGUGAUCUGAAGAUAGUUGUAUGCAAUACAUCUUGGACUUAUAAUCCACGAGCAGUUACCCUACUAAGUACAAAUAAUAAUGGAGCUGAAGGGAAUCGAGACGAAACUCAAAACGAUAGACGGCUUAGAUUAGCUCGUGAAAGGGAUGUAAUAGGACGUGAGCUGGUGACAUCAGCAGCCAAUGGUGAUGCUCAAAAUUGUCGUAGAAUUUUGGAGAAAGAAAGACAAAUAAAAAUGAGUCAAAUGAACCAAAAACCAUCUGAAGAGCCAAUGACAGUUAGUUAUGUUCUCACGCCAAGACAAGCUGCAAUGUGUUGUAAUUACACACGUCCACCCACUGCUGAGGAGUUGAUACUGACAAAUUUUGUGAGUAGUGGGCAUACGUCUCUGCAGGCUGCUGCUCAAAACGGCCAUGUCAAUGUUUGCCGAGUGUUAAUAGGAGAGUUUAAUGCUGAUGUUGAAUUUCAGGAUAAAGAUGGUGAUCGUGCUAUUCAUCAUGCUGCGUUCGGCAACCAGCCACAAGUGGUGCAUGUACUGUGUGUUGCUUUUGAUGCUGAUAUAAAUGCGCGCAAUAAACGAGGACAAACUCCUCUGCACAUUGCUGUCAACCGUGGGUAUGCUGAUGUAUGCCGUAUCCUGUUACGUCUCAAUUGCUUACCAAACUUGCAGGACAACGAGGGUGAUACACCACUACAUGAUGCCAUAUCCCGUAGACGAGAUGAUAUCGUAGCCAUGUUAAUGGAAGGAGGAGGUGGAAGCAUUGUCACUAGUAAUAUACCUUCGAGUGCUGUUGCUGCCAAUGUUUUGAGUGGAUGCGAACGUGCAUACGACCGCUUACCGCCUGUGCCAUUGUCUAUAGGUCGAGCUAUGACAAGUUCUGCCUUGAGGGAUAAUUCAAACGUAUCAGAUACUAUCUUAACAACCAAUGUUGCUGCCAAUGCUUGUGCAACACCUAAGGACGAUAAUGUUGCAAAUGCUGCUAUGACCGAAGUGCAAAAUGAAAAAAGUAUAUCUUCUAUAAUUAGUAAUCAAGAAGAGGGUGCUGCUGGAUGUUCUACUGUCACUGCAUGCUCUUCUGGGGAAACUGCAAAAUCCAUAGAAACAAGUGAAAAUGCUGUAGCAGCAGUUGAAAAUCAAGUUACUACUGCUACAGAACUCGGAUUUCCUGCUAUAGGAUCACCAUCAGCUGAUCUUAUGGUAGUUAACACUAAUGGUUUCAACCCGUUGCAACAUGCAGCACUACGUGGUAAUCCAGGAGCUACAGCUAUUAUGUUGGACUGGAUCGCCACAAACGGUGGCCGCGGCAACAACGCUGCCGGCCAUCGCUAUUGGGUCGUGGAUGAGCCCAAAGACGACGGAUAUACCGCCCUACAUUUGGCUGCUCUUAACAAUCACCACCGUGUGGCGUCGUUACUGCUAGUUCGUGGCCGAGCCGACCCGAAUAAACGAAAUGUCAAUAAACAGUCAGCACUUCACUUGGCUGUGGAACGUCAGCACGCAGAUAUCGUUAAGCUGCUUGUUAACCAUGGCGCUGACCCAAACAUCCCUGACAAGGACGGCGACACGCCUAUGCACGAAGCUUUGCGCCAUCACACGUUACUGCAGCUUAAGACAGUCGGUACACCACCCGCACCUGGAGUGGGCUUGGGAAACAGUCCUAGAGAUCCCAACACUAAGUUCCGGUCAGACGGCGGCGGUGGUAUGUCGUUACGCAACCUUCUCGCUGGUAACAGGGUCAUACGCGACUACCGGGAACUAUCUGACGACAACGAAAACGUUUAUUCAACAGUCAGCCGUACAGUUACUAGUCAACCAUGUCCCGUUGAACAGGCGACAGAACUUUGGGCGGCAAAAGGUCCUGCGUAUUUAGAAAUGUUUGCUUCACCGGUGUCCGCGGUGCAGAGAUUGAUGGCCGAGUUACUUGGAGCGGCCGAAGAGUUUAGACGUUUACGCAUAAGUGCCGUUGGCGUAGAUUCUGAUGAAGAGACAACGAGCGAUGUUACUACAACAGCUACUCCGCCUGUUCUGAACAACAAACCAAUUCCAAUCAAAAAUAAUAAAUCGAAAAAAGUUAUCAACCGUCGUCGGAUAAAGAAAUCUCCAGUGCGUACUAUACGUCAGCAAACCGUCGACGAUCAAACCGGUCCUCGGUUAGCCGGAGAGGCACGUGCUGCUGCCUUGGCAGCUGCCAUGGCGAUUUCCGGUUCCAGAAGUCGGGAUCUUGGAGAACGACCCAUACGUGAACCGGGACCAAGUUCCGAUCAACAAGUAGCUGGAGAAGGGCGCAUUCAGACUGCAGUUUCUGGACCAGGUAGCAGAGACAUUUUCGGACGGCCCACGCGUGGUCCGGUAUCUCGGUCUGCACCUGCUUCCCCAAUCAAUGGAAACGUGAUUCCGCCACCACCAAAUGCUACCGUAGUUGUUUGCGUGCUCGCCGGCACAGGUCGCGCUGAUCUAUGGUUGCGCAACAACCGAGGACAAACACCUUUGGAUCUUUGCCCGGCUGACGAGCCUUUGCGCUGCGCUCUGAUCAAGUGCUGUGCUGCUGCUGCUCAUGCUCGCAUAGCCCAAGCUGAAAACACGACCACCGCCACUGUGGGAGAAACUAAUGGUUGUUCCAGUGCACCGACUCUCUCAGAAGAAUGGCCUCAGAAAUCCCAAUUGACACUUAACAACAUGCCCCCUGACUACUCAAUUAAAGCGCCAUAUCACGAUGCGUACGCUCCAUUGCUAUCGAGAGAACCAGACCCCCCAAAAGAAUGUACCAAGACAUUUGCGACUCGAAGUGACUCUGAAUUCCUCAAACUAUCGUCAUCAGUGGCAAAUCGUUUUUUGGGCAUCGGUCUCCCUCCUCCGGCGCCUGGUAUGAUGUUGUUAGAAGAUAAUACCCCAGCGGUGCUUUUGGAUGGGCCCUCGACCUCCAGAGCCACCAUGCCAAUGGGUGGCAUGACUGGCGAAAGAGUGGAUAACAACUUAACAAGAGAGGCGAAUGAUUAUGUCGACAACAAUGACUUGGAACCAGAUUUUAUGGAUGAUGACAGCAUUUUAAGCAUCACUACCAAUGGUAGUGGAAGUAUAGUGAUUGAGAACCAUAGUAAUAACAGUAGAGAACCAACUACACGCAAUCAGUUGGAUAUAGCCGCCGGUGGAAGCAACAAUAGCAAACCUUCCACUUCAUGUGAUCUGUCGGUUAUAAAUAAUACUAUGUCCCGGUCUCGAGACAAACGGACUAACGAGCUAGAACAAAAGCAGAAUAACUUAACAAAUGCACAAGUACAAGAAGAACGGCAAAACUCUCCCAUGGAUGUGGCAGCGGCAAACCCACCUAAUGUUCAGGAGCCAGGACUAGUUGAAAAGCUCAUGCAGCAGUUGAGUGAUCUCAAGGAAAUGAAUAUGUGCCCCGUGUGCUUGGAUAGAUUAAAGAAUAUGGUGUUUAUGUGCGGCCAUGGAACUUGUCAACUGUGUGGUGAUCGCAUGGCCCCUGGCCAACCAUGUCCUAUUUGCCGUAAACCAGUUGCACACAAGAUAUUAUUAUACUAGACUCAGACAACAAAAUCAACAAUAAUUAUAUGAAUUGAUCUUCUAGACAUAGUACCAUUUAUUUUAAAUUCAAUUAUACUUUCACUAGGUAUGAUAAGAUUUUGGAGAUAUCAUAAUAGUGUAUUCUAGCAAUUCAUAAUUAAUUCUUCAAUUAUUUUUUUUUUUUUUAUCGAAUUUAUUUUAUUCUUAUUUCGUAAUUUACUCUUUACUGUAAACUUAAUAUGCACUUUGAUUUCUCCAACUAACCCAGAGCCAUGUGCAACAGUAUUAGUAUUAUUAUCGUAUGACUAAUGCACAUGUUUUUUUAUGAUUUUUUUUUUCUCAGUCUUACAUAAAUUAUAGAUUAAAUAUACUUUACAAAAUAGUAAUGAAUACUGUUUUAUAGU